AUGGAGUACAAACGAGAUUUGACCGCAUUCGUUGAUGAGGUGAAAAAUCUCUUCGACUGGUUAGAAACAGGGUCAAAAGUGUACAUGGCACCGUGCUUCCCACUGUUACAAUCCAGUGGAGCUGGCAAGACCAAACUGCUCCACGAGUCGCGAUGCUCCAUGGCAAAGGAUGACCCCGAUGUCCACGUGAUACUCAUUCUAUGCACGAACGGAAAGUCUCCUCCAGAAAUGUCGUCACAAAACGGCAGCAUUUUUUCCGAGACUUUGGACGUGAGCCAAUUUCAAGUGGGCGAAGAAGGUCAAAAGAAGCUUUGGGAGAAAAUGGUGGCUUUGGUCAAGACCGCGAAGAAGAAGAAGAAGGUUGUAUUGCUCUUUGACGAGUCCCAGCACCUAACCAGCAACUGUGAUGGGUGGCAUUUCCGAUGCAUACGGUGGUGGCUCCGAUUGCCCGAUAAACCAAACGGCGUCAAUGUGGUUUGCGUUUUUGCGGGUACCACUACCAGAUUGGCAAACUAUUAUGCGGAACAAAAACAGUCAACUUCCUCAAGGGAUGCAAGCGUUGAGUACCUUGGAGGCAAAAAGCUGUACCCUCCGUUCUGUCAACUUACGACGACAGGUCUUGUGUCACGCUCUGAUGGAUCCAAAUUUGGAACCGUAGGUCUGCGUACCAUCGACAACAAGGUCUUUUAG